GUUCCUCUGUGUCAGGGGCACUGAUGAAGGGAUGAACGACAGUGUUUUGAAGCAGAGUCCAACUUUGACCUGUACUUCCUUCUGUCCCUCCAGAAGCUGGGAUCUGGAGCAGCAGGACUAGCAGUCCCCAUCCUCAACGAAAUUCCACUGUCAUGGUAUAGUGCCAUCUGCCACCUUUCCUCUGCUCUCACCUGCAGACUGUCACUCUUGCUGUGGCAGAUGCUGACCUGCGACCCUAAGCAACACUGGCUGCUUUCACUCCACAGAGGGAAAGCACUCCCCGCUCACCAUCCCAUCCCCGUGGGAUGCAUAGCUCCUUCCACAAACUCAUCCCUUCCCAGCGCCAGCUAUGCAGCUGCCCUUCUCCCCUCAGCCAGUGAUUUCUCCUGUUCGUUUCUUGCCUCAUCCCCCCUUUCCCUCCCUCCCGGUGUCUGCAUUUCUCGCACCGCUCGCUAUUUACUGACAGGGCAAUGUGACUUUUCGCACCGGCUCUCGCUGCUCGCUGCCCUGCCGAUUGGGCUGGGCAAAGCCUCUCCCCAGCCCCAGCUGGCCGGACAUCUCCCCCCACCUCCCCUCCCCUUCACACCCGCCAAGCGACAGAUUCCACUCUCCCUCCCUCUCCCUUUCUUUUUCCACCCCUCCCGCCUUCAGCACAGACCCAACACUCAGGAUCCCGCCGAGAGAAAGCGGCUCCUUGAAACCAUCACCGCAGCCCGUGCUCCGACGGAGGGAGAGGAAAACCUCCGCACCACCUCCUGCAUCGGGGGGGCUUCGCGGCAGGGCGAUGGCUUUGAGCUCCCGGAGAUCAUCUCUCACCUUUGCCCGGGGUGUGGGACCCGUCUUCUUCAUCCUCCAGAUCAUCUCGGUUCGGGCUGAUGGGAAAGUGUUUGCACUUGAGUCCAAGAACAACUCUCAGGGUCUGGAUCUAGCUGAAGCUGAGAAAGCUUGCGUUGACCUGAGUGCUCGCUUAGCAACUGCAGAAGAGCUGAAACGGGCUGUCCUGGACUGUUCCUUCAUUGGCUGCACCACGGGAUGGCUGGCUGAUGGCACAGCUGGGACAAUAAUAUGCAGAAAGACGGGCAGCAAACAACAGAGCGUGAAAGCCAUUGAUGUUAAAAUUGAAACCGAUCCCUUUGUGAAUGACCAAUAUGAUGCUUUUUGUGUAAAGGAUGAAGACAAGCCGUGUGGAGACCCUCCAUCCUUCCCUCACACCAUCCUGCAUGGCCACACCGGCUUUGAAAUGGGGGAUGAGCUGCUGUACGUCUGUGCCCAGGGGUACAUCAUGGGCAACAAGGAGACGGCGUUCACGCUGCUCUGCGACAGCUGUGGGGAGUGGUAUGGGCAGGUGCAAGCCUGUGUCAAAGAUGAAACAGAGGCGCAUAUUGACUAUGAAGAUAAUUUUCCUGAUGACAGAUCGAUACCUGUUGCUGAGAAUGAACAUGCCAAUGGCAAAGAGGAAAUCGAGCAGGAACAAGAACAGCUUUCUUUCAGUAAAAAUUCAGAGGAAGGAAGAACUGGAAAUACUAAUGGGGUUACUCAGGACGUAGAUACUUCUGAAAAAGGAAGCAGGGCACCAACUGAAUCCCCCGUUUCUCUCCUAAGCCAAAAAAACUUGUUUUGGUUUCCAUCAGAGGCUUUCAGUGAGCCUGAAUCAGAGAAAGAGACAGACGAUUCCACUAAAGCACAGUUUUCUGAGGGUGAUAAUCACAUCGGAGUCAAGACAGUGUAUGAUGAACCCAGUGCCAAAAUGUUCUAUGAUAGUGAAGAUUUCCCCAUUGGGCCCAUUCUCACAGCUAAUGAUACAAAGGAAGGGAUAGAUACAGUUCCUAUUACUGAUGAGUCAUGGUUAGAUGGCUAUCCAGUAACACAAGAAGUGGUAGAGGAUGAUGAAGAGGAGGGGGAUAAAGUUGAUGGAUCGAUGGGAACAGAGGAAGACAUUAUCCUCACGACUGACCGACCAAAUGACGUUGAAGUCAGAAAAUUGGGCAAUGGUAGCCCUGCUCCAGAGGAAGGUUUAACACAGAUUGUGGCAGCAACAACGAGCAUAGAUGAUGAGAGGGUCAAAGAGACGUCAGUGCCUCUUACAUCAGUGAGUGGUCUGGAGGACUUAAGUGUGAGCAGAGGUUAUGAUGAUGCUGCAUGGGACCACCCAACUACAGCUGUGGAAACUGUGACUCAGGAGCCCGGUACAACACUGCUGUUGGAUGUAACCAGCCUAAGAACUUCCAUGUCUGAAACCUCUGCGAUGGCCAGCCCCUUCGAUCAUACUCCUGAGGAAGAAGAAAGGGGAACAACAGCCUACCCAGCACAAGUAGCAACCACUGCACCAGCUCCAGAUAUCCUUACUGGCACAUCAUCCCCAGAGUUAGAUGAGCAAGAAAAUCUCACCCAGGGCCUUGGAGAAAAGCCAGUCCCCACUUCUGAACCUUGUGAGGGAGAGGAUUGCCCCAAGUCAAGUAAAGGUGCUGUCAUAGCAGUAAUUGUGAUUCUCCUGUGCUUGUUACUGGCUGCAGCUGUGCUGGCUGUGUGGUUUUUCAAAAAACGGCAGCAGAAAAAUUCUGUCUAUAAACUGAAUGGAAGGUGUCAGCCCCGGCAUCACUGUUACCACCACUACCACCACCAACAUAUUGAAAUGCAGAAAGUCUAACCAAGGGUCUUCUGGGAGAAAAGCUAGGUAUCAGCAGAAGGUAUUGAUGCUAGAAGGAUCACAUGACUCAUGGAUACUAAAAUCCAGCAGUGCAGAAAGCAGAAGAAGACAAAAUGCUAAAAGAACACAGAAGACAGACGAGAUUUCAUCUGUUUGAAAUUGCAGUUUAGCAUAUCUGACCAUUCAGAACUAAAGAAUCUGUAUGUUUUUAUCAAAAGAUCUUUUGGAGUCAUCAGCAGGACACAGUGUGCUUGCUAGGACAUCUACAGUUUGUUCUGCUUUUACAUUUUGCUCCUAUUAAUAAUAAAUUAAUUGAUUAAUUUCCAUGCUACCUGAUUGUAAUCUAAUGGCAGGGCUGGUCGGGCCUUCUUGGACUACUCUCAGUGGAACAGAGAAGGGAGGAGGGGAAAAGGAUGUUUUUGGAGUAACUGCACAUCUGGCGAUUGUUCCUUUUUUGAGAACCUGAUCAAGCUGGUCAGGAUAAACCACCAUAACAAAUUAUUGCCUGACGUGUCUUAAAAAGCAAAACUAUUUGCUACCGUACUUUAAUGGAUAGUAUUGCAGUGAUUACUAAGGUACUUUUCUUCAAUGAUACGAAUUUAACAAGCCAAAAACCAUUAAGGUAUUUCUAUGGAAGGUGCUCUUUUAGCCUUAGUGAAGAAGUGCCAUUCUUAUACUAAUCUUUUUAUAGAAAUGAUAAUGCCUCCCUGGAAUUCAGAGAAUACUGUAUGGGCCGUUCUUCCUUUAAUAUCAGCUGAAGAGGACUCGGAGCACUGAUUUCAGAUGUUACGAUGAAUAGCGUCGUAUUACAGAGCAGAUGGUGAUGAAGCACUUUGCAGGGGAACCAA